AUGGACUGGGCUUUCAAGCGCUUUGUGGCCCCAGCGCCCCCAACGAUCUCACCAUCAGUCACCAAGCCUCCCGUCUCAUCAGCCGCACCCACGUCGACGGCUCCCCCGGCCACAACAACAGUAAGCAAUGGCGACACCAUCGUCGUUCCGGUGGGCGUGACAGUAGUUGGAGGCGUCGGAGGUGGGUUCUUCACCGUCGCCGGCUCAUCGGCAGGCCCAGUUGCUGUAGCGGCCGGCGCAAGCACUGUAGCCGGCUCUUCGCAGGGUGACAACCCGGACGACCCGGAGAACAAGCCACCCAGCUCCGCGCCCGAGGGCCCCUCCGCACCGCCUAGUUCGGCACCACCACCCAGCUCCGCGCCGCCUAGCUCUGCUCCUCCCAGCUCCACCUCCGAAGCACCGACGAGUACCUCGAGCGCUCUACCGAGUGAGACCCCCAAGGCGUGCAUCAUCUUCUGCAAAGACGGAGCCACGACCCAGGAAAAGACCAGCUUCAUAACACUGCUUGAUACGGUGCUCGGCAAGGGCAACUACCGCAAGACGGAGGAUACGGUGGUGUUGUUCGCGGCUGCCAACAUUACGGCGUCACAGAACUCGACCCUCAUCAAGGACCCCACGGUUGCGGGUGUUGAGCCCGAUCAGCUGUAUGACACCGACGACAGGCCGGGCUCGCUCGUCCCGAACAGCAAGCGAGCCGAAGAUAUUGACGAGAAGUGGUUUAUGGAGUCGCUGGAUCGGCGUGGAGAGAUCAAGAAGCGCGCUGUGGUCAAGCAAGACAAAGCACCCGUCGAACUAAUCAUGUUCUCGCAGCCUCCCUUGGUCGACAUUAAAGCACUCACGAGCUAUUCCUACGAUGACAGUGCAGGAGCCGGCAUCACAGUCUACGUACUGGAUAGUGGAUACUACACUAAGAACACCGAGUACACCGGAAUGGCCGUGAAGCCACGUUGGAUCUUUGCAGGUACCCAAGCGGAGAAGUCAGUCGAGGAGGACCGCGACUCCGAUGGCCACGGCAGUUGUGCUGGCUCAAAGGUCAACGGGCCCAAAUAUGGUGUUGCCAAGAAGGCGGAGCUUGUCAUUGUCAAAGCCGGUGACACAUCUGGUGACACCCUUGAUGGCCUCGAUCAGAUCUUGAGGGAUGUGAGAGAUAAGAAGCUGCAAAACAAAGCGGUUGUCAACUUCUCACGCAACAUUGACAAUCCCAACUCAUUCAAUAAGAAGAUGCUUCAGCACUACGUCAAUGAGCUCGUUAAGGAAGACGUUGUCUUCAUCACUGCGGCAGGCAAUGACAACUCAGACGACGUUGCGGCCGGCAAGGCAAAGGCGAAGGACGUUGAUGCCUGGCCGUCAAUGAUGGCUGCUGAUGGUGUGCCAAUCAUUAACGUUGGUGCCACUGACAACACCGGCAAAAACGCAUCGUUCUCCCAAGGAGGGCCCUUAGUCCAUGUUAUGGCACCGGGCGAACAGAUCCAGUGUGCUGCAAACUCGUUCUUCUCAAAUACUCAGAAGCAAGACGGCACCUCUUUUGCGGCGCCGUCUGUUGCCGGUCUCGCAGCCUACCUGCUCGCUCUCGGUGAAUACCCCGAGCUGUACCAGUCUGGUAAGGUCGCAGCGAACAUGAAGAACCUUAUCGUUGCCAUGGCGUAUCAACGUGUGGCAGACGGUGGACAGGUAGCUUAUAAUGGUCAAGGAGCCGUCUGCACCCGGCCCAAUAGCGCCAAGUUCAGAAGACAAGACCUCAGUGGAGAGGCUUGCUCAGUCGUCGCGUCCACGACAACAAUACCUCCCCCCGUCUCCACGACUGCCCCUCCACCGCCUCCCCCUCCGGCUACUACCAGCGAGCCACCUGCUACAACAUCCGCGCCUCCGCCGCCUCCACCAGCCCCGAAGACUUUGUACUCACUGGACGAGAGUAUCGGAGGCGGUACCAAGUCGUGCUUCCCGACAUCAGGUUUCACCACCUCGGCUGGAACGACGUACGGCUUCUCUUUCGACGUGGAUGCCAAUCUCUUGGUGAGCAUUGAAACUGGCGCUACAGAUGAAGGCUACCACCAGUCGAUGGGGUCGUGGACGGGCACAUUCUACGCCGACUCUGGGUCAUCCCUCUCAAUCUGCGGACAAAGCUCCGGUGGUGCCUUGCCGCUGAAGUUUACUAUAACCGAGGCGCCGUCAGACCCCGUCAAGGCGCCGGCCGGGAAUGAAGUAUUGAAGAUGGACGAGAACCUGACCGCCGGUGCAACUUCGUGCUUCCCAACUAGGGGUCUCAACAUUCAGCAGGGCAACUACGGGUUCUCGUACACCACCUCCGACGGAGUUGUUAUUCAAAUCGGCGAUGAUAGCUCCGGUCCUAAGUACUUCUCCGGGAACAAAGCAUCGGGCGCGGGUCUGAUGUAUAUCGACUUUUCAGGAGGCAGCAUUUCUCCUGGCAUCGGGGCUAGUUCACGUCGAAGCGACUCAGCCUCCCUUCCUCGCUCCCACGUCAUGGACACGGUUACGCUCUCGCUGACGGUUGUCGGCUUGAUACCAGUGGUCGCCGACACAAUCUAG